AUACUUGCGCGCGACGCGCGACCGAUGGAAUCUCAUGGAAACGGCCUUUAACCUCUCCAAACAUAACCUCUAGAAUUAAGCGGUUCACCGGGUUCACCAUUUUUUCUAAACGCGACGGACGAUCACGAUUUUGACGUUUCUCAUCCGAGAACGAUUCUUUUAUAGUUCACGAGCCCGAUUACCAACGGCCUUGAUUACCAAUCGAAAUGGCAUCGGCUUUGGAAUCUAUGGUAGUCGAUGAAAAACAGCUUCCCGAGAAGCCGGUGGACAGAGAAAAGACGUGUCCACUUCUACUGCGAGUAUUCUGCAACACCGGACGACAUCAUAACAUAAUGGAGUACAGCAGAGGGAAUGUCCCUUCGAACGAGCUGCAGAUAUACACAUGGAUGGAUGCAACUUUGCGAGAAAUUACAGGCUUAGUUAAGGAAGUGAAUCCGGACGCUCGCAGCAAGGGAACGUACUUUGACUUUUCGUUAGUGACUCCUGAGUUACGCAACUCCGGUUAUCGCAUGCGUGAGAUUGGUGUUACGUGUUCCGGACAGAAAGGCGCAGAUGACAACAAAACGCUAGCACAAGCAAGGUUCACAAUAGGAGAUUAUCUGGAUAUAUCGAUAACGCCGCCAAACAGGAUGAUGCAACCGGCAGCUAGACGUGGUGGUUUACGUCAAUAUUAAUAUAAUAAUUUCAGUGUUUAAGUUAUGAUAAGAUCAUGUCUCUUACAGAUGGUACGUAAAUGUCACUACACAGAAUUCCAGAAAGACUUCCUAAACUUUUGUAUCUAUAAAUAAAUAAAAAAUCAUUUUCUUUAAUUUCUUUAAA